CAACCCUGAUACUCUGUUGCUGCUGCUGCUCUAAGAGAGGCAUAAGGCAGAUCGCUAACCCUAAAUUUAAAAAAAAAUGUCAGAAAAGGUGUUGCCCGAGGAGAACCAAAUCCUUAUCCUGGACGACGACGAAAACAUCACUCCACCUUUGGUGAUAAACAAAACCCGUAAGACAGUCGUCUAUUGGGACAUGGUGGAUUACCCGGUUCCUAAGGAUGUCGAUGUUGCUUCACUUCAUUCCCGUAUAGAAUCGAUUCUUCAUGAUUUGGGCUGUCAGGAGGUGUCUAUCAUGGCUUACGGUUACAAGAAUUGGUUUUCGGAUGAACUGAAACGUAAAUUUAUGGAUGCCAAAAUCUUUGUCGAUUACUUACCCGAGGGAGGUGAUGACUUUGCGAGAAUGACUUGGAUAUUAGUGGACAUUACUUGUUUGCCAGUGCUAUUUCCUAAACCAAAUGUUAUUGUACUCUCAAAACACAUGGAAAAAGAGGCGGUUGGUUGUUUCCAGUUCAUGUAUAUGAACGGUGUUGGUGUUCUCUUAUCCAAAACUGAACCUGAUUGGCUUCUUCCUGAUGAAAGUUCAGCCUUUGAACUUACAAGCCUAUUUGAGCAUCUUGACUGUGAGAAACCGCAGAGAGAGGAUACCCUUGCAAACUCUGUCGACCACCCUCUUGGUGAAAAGACAAAUGUAUCUUCUUGAAGUUUUAUGUUAGUGUCUACUCUGUUUCGUCUUUGAACAGUUGUUACUUCUGGGUUUCUUCCAGAUGUUAGCUAUACUUUUGGGUAUGAUGAAAUGAGAUUUUGUUAAAUUUAAUACUUAUGUUUUAUUUUUCAAUUGCAAGAGUAGAUUUACGCUGG